GAAUUUAGUUACCUAUGAUACGACGCGUCUGGUCGCGCCCACAUCUAGACCCCUCCAGACGUUUUGACCUGCACCAAUGCGAUCUUUUUAAUCCAUAUACGACCUUUGUCUUUGCUGGAAACCUCGAGUUGCUACGAACAACCCAGGUCGAGGUUUAUUAUCGCCCAUGAUGGCCGACGAAAUUGAAAGCCGAUUCUCCCCCAACAAGCCGCUUGAGCCUGAUGUCCUCAGCGAACUAGAAUCCAUUAUGCGCCUUCAUGGCCUCUCGGCCGAGGAUCUCUUUUUCAAGUGGGAGUCGUAUUGUAUAAAACUGGAUCUUGAUGCUCAGGCACUAAGUCUUGAAGUUCUUCGGAACCUCAAGCAGAGCAUUCAAGAUGAGCUCGAAAACAGCCAUCGAAAAGUCCAGGUCAAGACCGAGAGAAAGGUCGCCAACACACCGAGAGGCACGGCAAAGGGCGGCGAUGUUUUUGGGAUGUUAGAUGGGCUUGUUCCCAGCACUCCAGCGUCGGGGGCAAAGUUGAAUAGGGGUGCUGCGAGUGGCAGUGCUGUUAAGAGAAAGACGGAGACGCCAAAGGGGUUGAUGAGCUCGCCAGCGACAGGUAUGAACGAGCAGCUCAAGUCAUUAAAUGGAUUACCGCCCACAUCAUUCAGUGAUCGAGCAAAUCCAGGAGAGACUGUUGAAAUCCUAAACGAUCGCCUCAAUGCAGCCGAACCACCGAUUGCGCCCUUUGCCGAGCCUCGAGUAAAGCUCACAGCCGCCUCAGAUCAAAAGAAGCUGGGAUACAAGCCAUUGGCCAUGAAACUUUCCGAGGCCAGCGAAAUCCUCGACGACCGGAUUGAUAACUUCAUGGCUCUUAUUCAGCAACAUCAUAAGAUCGAUGAGAACGAGUUCGGUAGUGCCGCUGCGCAAAGUACAACGGAGGUCGUGGCUGUUGGCCGUAUCGCUUCUGACUCCUCAGAAGGAAAACUAAAUGCUGCGUCACUGGUACUGGAAACCUCCAGACGAACAGGAAUGGGCUUACGGGUACCCCUAAAAGUGGACAACAUCCGCUCAUGGAGCUUUUUCCCCGGCCAAAUCGUCGCUUUUCGGGGUACCAACGCCUCAGGGAACGAAUUUGUCGUGAAAGAGGUUCUCGAGGUUCCUCUACUUCCCAGUGCUGCCUCUUUGCCUUCUGCGCUCGAGGGGCAUCGUGAGAGGUUUCGUGGUGGUCCUGAUGCUAUGGACGAAGAUUCAGAACCUGCACCUUUGAACAUUCUCUACGCCUCUGGUCCUUAUACUGCCGACGAUAAUCUCGAUUUCGAGCCACUUCAUGCGCUGUGCAGUCAAGCAGGUGAUACCUAUGCAGAUGCGCUUGUCCUCACAGGACCGUUCCUCGAUAUCGAUCAUCCUCUUAUUGCCACGGGAGAUUUCGAUCUUCCUGAAGAGGCAAACUUUGACCCUGAUACAGCUACUAUGGCGACAGUAUUCAAAUACCUUGUUGCUCCCGCUUUCAACCGCCUUGCAGCCUCCAACCCGCAGAUCACCAUCAUCCUUGUCCCGUCCGUCCGGGACGUAUUGUCAAAACAUGUCUCAUGGCCUCAAGACUCGAUUCCUCGUAAGGAACUCGGCCUUCCCAAAAUGGUCCGCAUUGUCACAAACCCUAUGACUCUUUCGAUCAACGAACUUGUCCUUGGUGUCUCAUCGCAGGAUAUCCUCUCCCAGCUCCGCUCGGAAGAGGUUGUGUCUCGUGGUGGUGGACAACCUGGCACUGAUCUCAUGAGUCGGUUGUGUCGGUACCUAGUUGAGCAGCGACAUUACUUCCCGCUGUUUCCUCCUACAGAUCGCUCUAAGCUACCUAAGACUGGCACGGAAGAUGGUUUGGCUACUGGCGCUGCUCUAGAUUUGAGCUAUCUUGAACUGGGAGAGAUGGUGAAUGUCAGGCCAGAUGUCAUGAUUGUACCUAGUUUGCUACCUCCAUUUGCAAAAGUACGUCUCUUGGCUCGUUUUUUGUCUUCAUUCUUACUAACUGGACAUUAGGUCGUCGAGAGUGUCCUCCUUAUCAAUCCUGGCUACCUUUCUAAGCGUCGCGGCGCAGGUACCUAUGCACGAAUGACAUUAUAUCCUCCCCCAGUAUCAAAUGGAAGCGGCGAAGAUGUGAUGGGCCAUCAAAUAUACGAUCGUGCUCGCGUAGAGAUUGUCAGAAUAUAGAGCAUAGCUGGGUACGAGUCCAGUGCUAUAUGUAAUCUCACGAGACACGUCAAAAAGGAAGCCAAAUGCAAGGCACAUACCAUGGUUGUUUGGGUAUUAUUAAUAGUAUAACAAGAGCAGGGCGAGUUUAUCUGGCAUCCACCCUGCGUCUUUUGUCGCUCUCAUACCGCUCGUCGUCGCGUGACGUACUGCGUUUACGACGCCGGUAAUCAUCUCUAUCAUUUUCGCGUCGUGGCGAACGUGACCGUGACCGUGAUCUUCGUCGACUUUGUCCAUCAUCUCUUGAUCGAUAAGAGUCCCUAUCCCUAUCUCUUCGAUCUCGGUGACCAUUGUCUCCCUCAUUUCGGUCGUCUCUCUUGCGAUCACCCAGAGGAAUGGCAUUGGCGCCGCCUGCGCUUCGUUCGUCGCGACGAAACCUGUCAUCGUCGGGUCUGAAACGCUCAUCUUCCUCGAAUCGUCCGCCGUCUCUCUUUCGGCCAUCGCCGAUAUCUCCCCAUCGGCCUGUGUCCUCAGUACGCAUGUCCCUGUACUUUGUUGCACCUUUACGGCCCAGCUUGGCCAUGUCGCGACGCUGCAGGUAUUCGGGAAGGGCCUCACGGUUCCGCACGUCGUCCUGGAUACGACUGCCCAUGAUAUCUCGCUUAUCCAGACCAGCAGCUUUCAUCUCGUCCUGGUAGAAUGCUCCCUUGUGUAGAUAACGCUGCAUGAAUGACAUUUUGCCCUUGCCCUCCUUUUCCUCUUUCUGUUGUGCCAGGAACGCCUCGUCUUCGGCUUGUCUUUCCUCCUCGGUCAGGUUACGUCGACGCUCAACUUCCGCAAGCUCCUUUUCACGCUCUUCGAUAAUAGCGCGGGCGCGCUUCAGACGUUUGAGUUCGCGAACGCGCCAAGCUGCUUCUUCAGCCUCUGGAUCUAGCCCGUCUGUUGUAUCCACAUCUGAGUCCUCGUUCUCGUCGUCAUCCCAGUGCUUUUUGCCUGCUGCGCGAGCGGCAAGAUCUUUUUUGAUUUGCUCUUCCACAAGCUCGUCGGCGGCUUUCUUGCGGGCCUCUUCUUCGGCCUGCCGUGCUUCUUCCUCUUCUUGCGCAGGAGUCUUAGCAUUUCCUCUUUGGCUCUUUGGUACGAAUUUGGGCCGAAUCAUUAAUCUUCGUGGCGCUUCAUCCUCGCUGCUCUCUUCUUCGGAUUCACUUUCCUCCUCCUCAUCGUCGUCUUCUUCCUCUUCACUUUCUUCCUCCUCCUCUGUCACGAAACCUUCUUCUGCAGCGAGGCGCUCAGCUUUUUCCUUGGCAAGUCUCCGUUCUUCGGCAGCUUCCGCUUCUUUCCUUCGAGCGUUGAGGUCGACUUUUCCUAGGCUGCCUGAUGAAAUUUUGCCCGCGCUGGUCGCUUUUGGUGGAGGUGGAAGCGCUGGCUCAUUAGACUCUUCGUUUUCGCUCGCGUCGGAAUCUGAGUCAGACUCUGCUCCUGUGGGCUUACCAGCGCGAUAACGCGCGGGUUUCACCGGGUUUGCUGUCAUUCGUUUAGGUGGCAUUGUGAUAGAACGCUGAGGAUGAGGUUGAGGAUGCGACGCAUGCUCGUGACGUUGAAGGCUGGUAGUGAAUAAAUUA